AUGGCGGAGCACAAGGAGGAGUCGGUGAUGGACAAGAUCACGGAGAAGUUCCACGGCGGGUCCUCGUCCUCCUCGUCGUCCGACGACGACGAGAGGAAGUCGGGGUCGUCGUCGUCCGUCAAGGCCAAGAUCUACCGCCUCUUCGGCCGCGAGAAGCCCGUCCACUCCGUCCUCGGCGGCGGCAAGCCUGCCGACCUCUUCCUGUGGAGGAACAAGAAGAUCUCCGGUGGGGUGCUCGCGGGCGCCACCGCCAUCUGGCUGCUGUUUGAGGUCCUGGAGUACCAUCUCCUCACCCUCCUCUGCCACGGCUUCAUCCUCACCCUGGGCAUCCUCUUCCUCUGGUCCAACGCCUCUGCCUUCGUCAACAAGUGCCCUCCCAACAUUCCAGAGGUGAAGAUCCCCGAGGACCUGGCUGUCAAUGUUGCCCGCUCGCUGCGAUACGAGAUCAACAGGGGCUUUGCUAGCCUGAGGGCGAUUGGUCAAGGCCGUGACCUGAAGAAAUUCCUGAUUGUGGUUGCAGGCCUGUGGAUCCUCUCUUUCCUUGGCAGCUGCUGCAAUUUCCUGACCUUGUUCUACAUAGGGUCUUCAUGGUGCUUUACACCGUGCCUGUUCUGUACGAGAAGUAUGAGGACAAGAUCGAUGCUUUUGGAGAGAAGGCCAUGGUCGAGCUGA